UACUUUGAGUACACCAUCCUAAUAUCUAACGAUGAGCGGAAGAGGCAAAGGCGGAAAGGGACUCGGUAAGGGAGGCGCCAAGCGUCACCGUAAAGUUCUCCGUGAUAACAUCCAGGGAAUCACCAAACCAGCGAUUCGUCGUCUGGCUCGCCGCGGUGGAGUGAAGCGAAUCUCUGGUCUGAUCUACGAGGAGACCCGUGGUGUGCUGAAGGUUUUCCUGGAGAACGUGAUCCGUGACGCCGUCACCUACACAGAGCAUGCUAAGAGGAAGACCGUUACCGCCAUGGAUGUCGUCUAUGCCCUGAAGAGACAGGGACGCACCCUGUACGGAUUUGGCGGUUAAAUUUUCGGCUUGAUCAGAAAA